CGCCUGAUCCCAACCUGCGACUGCUCAUUACCGACUUUGGCUUGUUCUCGACUACGCUUCUGCCUGAUCCCAACCUGCGACUGCUCAUUACCGACCUUGGCUUGUUCUCGAUUACACUUCUGCCUCAUCCCAACCUGCUACUGCUCAUUACCGACCUUGACUUGUUCUCGACUACACUUCUGCCUGAUCCCAACCUGCGACUGCUCAUUACCGACCUUGACUUGUUCUCGACUACACUUCUGCCUGAUCCCAACCUACGACUGCUCAUUACCGACUUUGGCUUUUUUACUGACCAUGCUUUCGUUUGAUCCUUACCUGCUUAAUACGCUACUGGACCUCUGCUUGCUCACCUCCUGGUGAGUCCGCUCCUCCACCACUGUGACCUGCCUGUGUACCUAUCCUGCUGGUUUCAGCAACUGGUCUUCGAGCCGGAUCCCUGACCGUGACAGACUGCUUUAGACUUUUCCUCAUGAUAUUGGAUUUAUGGCUUCAG